AUGUUGUCUUCAAGCAACAUGAUGCGAACUAGUAUCCUCCGAACAGGGAGGUUGACUACACGAGACACAGCACGUAUCGCACGCUUAACAGCAGCUCAAAUCCAAACAAGCCGUCGAAACUUCUCCUCUACUCAAAGAACAGUUUGCGCAAGCUGCGCAACUUCUGGAGGCCAACCAUGUACUCGUCAUAACCCGAACAGCCGUGCUAGUGCCGGCAAUAUCAUCACAAGCUUCAACACCACCAACAGCCUAGGCAAAACUGCCAAAUACGCCACAGAAGCGAGCCCAAUUAUCCCCAAGGAGCAAUGGGCACAGGUAUUGGAACAAAAAGGUGGAUCUGUCCAGUAUAAAAAGAUCCCCGUUCCUACACCAGGCUCGGACGAGGUCUUGAUCAACAUCAAGUACAGCGGUGUUUGCCACACAGAUCUUCACGCCAUCAACGGCGACUGGCCUCUUGAUACCAAGAUGCCCUUAGUUGGUGGCCACGAGGGCGCUGGCGUAGUAGUUGCACGGGGAGAGCUUGUCAAAGAUGUUGAAAUCGGUGACCAUGUAGGUCUCAAGUGGCUGCACGGCUCCUGCAUGAGCUGCGAGCAGUGUCGACAGUCUAACGAGUCACUCUGUUCCGAUGCUUCUCUUUCUGGCUAUACGGUUGACGGUUCAUUUCAACAAUACGCUCUCGGCAAGGCAGCGCAUGUCGCCCGUAUCCCCAAGGACUGUGAUCUCGCUGGCGUGGCACCGAUUCUAUGUGCCGGCCUUACUGUCUACAAAGCCCUGAAGUCCUCUGGCGUCCGUCCUGGACAGAGUGUGGUCAUUGCCGGUGCAGGCGGCGGCCUUGGAGUUUUUGCUGUUCAAUAUGCCAAAGCGAUGGGGUUGCGGGUAACAGCUCUUGACGGCGGUGAUGAAAAGAGAAAGGUCUGCACAGAGCUUGGUGCUGAUACUUUUGUCGACUUCAAGACGUCUACCGAUAUCGUCGCUGAUAUCAAAAAGGCAACACACGGGCUGGGUCCUGACGGAGUUUUACUUCUGGCUGCAAGCGAGAAGCCCUUCCAACAGGCUAGUCAGUAUGUCAAGAGUAAGGGCACAAUUGUGUGUGUCGGACUACCAGCCAAUGCUUUCAUCAAAGCGCCUGUUUUUGAUACUGUCGUUCGUGAGAUCAAUAUCAAAGGCAGCUAUGUUGGUAACCGACAAGACACUGCUGAAGCCAUUGAGUUUUAUAGGCAAGGCCUCAUCAAGGCACCGUUCAAAAUCGUUGGGCUUUCAGAACUCCAAAAGGUCUACGACAUGAUGAUUGCAGGAAAUAUAGCUGGUCGCUACGUGGUAGACACAAGCCGAUGA